AUGCCUAAAAAGGACAAUUUCGACGAAGCUCGCCUAGCCGAGGCUAUCAAAAUCGCUCUAGCCCAAAAGAAACCAAAUAUCGCCAAGAUUGCGCGUGAAUUCGACGUAUCUCGCACUACCCUCUCCGACCGCGUCAAAAAGGCAAUAACGCCCACUACACCUACCGAAUCACGCAGAAACGCCCUUACAAGCUAUCAAGAGAGAGCCUUAGUAGCCUAG